UUUCUCAAGUUUCGUCGUAGUCCAUCGCAAAGCCACCACUAUCGACGACUACUGAGAAUCGCAAUGGCUUCAGCAAACCAGUGUAUUGCUUCGCUGGCGAGGCUAAGUCUAUCAGUAUCUAAGAGACCAGUCCAAUCAACACUUCCUAGAUUUCUAGCUCCCUCGAUAGUCCAAACACGAUGCAAGAGCGCCGGAUCUACGGCUAUGCAAAAGCGAGAACGAGACAAGGCCAAACUCAAGAAGAAGAAGAAACAGAAUCGUCAUAAGGAAUAUAAAUAUGCUACACCAAGCCAGGAGGAACGAUAUUCGAUAUGCGAUGCCAUGCGAUAUUUGCGAGCUUUCGAAGUUGGCCGCCCUCCAUCCUCUGCAACCUAUGAAGUCGCUUUAAAAAUUAGAACACCUAAGAACAGUUUGGUUCUUCGAGAUCGGAUACGUCUACCCUACCCAAUCAAGAACGACACUCGCAUUGCUGUUAUUUGCAAGGAAGGCAGUGGUUCUAUGCACGAUGCCCGUGCGAUGGGUGCUGUUGCCUUUGGAGAAGAAUCUCUAUUCGAACUUAUCAAGGCCAAUCCGAACAAGCUGCCUUUUAACCGUCUGAUUUGUCAUGUCGACUGCGAACCUGCCCUCAAGAAAGCUGGUCUUGGUCGAAUACUCGGUCCCAAAGGUUUGAUGCCCAGUUUAAAGACCAAUACCAUAACAAAAAGUGUGGGGGCUAUGAUGCGUGACAUGGCUGGUGCUGAGUCCUACAGGGAGAGGAUUGGAGCUAUCCGUAUGCCUAUUGGUAACAUCCAAUUUACUCCUAAGAUGUUAUCCGAGAAUAUCAAGGCGCUCGUGACGGCGGUGAGGGAAGGUACUAUGAGGAUGGAAGACAAAGUUAAGAAGGAUUUGAUCGAAGUUGUACUGAGCUCUACGAGUGGACCGGGUUUCAGCUUGAAUGGUGCCUUCAAUUCUACAGAUGAGAAGGUCAAACCGGAGUAUUUAAGCACGGCUAUGUAAACAUUCAUAUACCCGGGAAGCAAAGCAGUGUAAAAAUUGUAUCAUAUUUUAUAUAAGCAAUACAUAUGUAU